AUGCCUUCCUCCGUACACGAAGACCAGGACCAGUCCAUGAUGGACGCCGCGGCCCCGGAAGACCACUACGAGCAAGACGAGGUGUUGGAGAUGGAGGAGAAGCGGAUCAUUGUGCUCCCCGGUGCUACCGAAACCGCCGCUUCGUUCCAGUUCGAAGGCGAGGGCCAUACGUUGGGAAAUGCGCUCCGUUAUGCGAUCAUGAAGAACCCCAAGGUUGAAUUCUGCGGAUAUACUAUCCCUCAUCCUUCGGAGACGAAAAUGAACCUUCGCAUUCAGACUUACGACUCAACAACCGCCGUGGAAGCUCUGGAAAACGGCCUAGAGUCGCUGAUGGACCUCUGCGAUGUCGUGGCGGAUAAGUUCACUACUGCGCGCAAUACGUUCAAGGCUGCCGAGGCGGAUAGAAUGACCUCGUAG